AGUGCUGAUCAGGUUCAGGGCAAAGCAGAGAAGGGCUCUGGCAAUGGUCAGUAAUCCCAGGCAUAAGAUAUAUCCUACCUCCAGUGGCACAGAAAUGAAAGGGUUCUACCCUGGAGUUGGGGCUGGAGAUGUUGGACUAUGUCAGCAACAGCUGUUUAUUGCAUGUCUCUUUUAUGCCAGGCCUUGUGCUUUAGCUGAGGAUAAUGAUGUUGAACAACGUAUAUAUAGUCCCUGUUCCCUGGAGUGACCAGAGAAGACAUUUUAACUAUCACCAUUAAAUAAGCACUAAUGGGGAGUCUUAGUCUUGCCUUAUUUCGGGUGGUCAGGGAAGUCUUGCUUUCCAAGGGAAUUGACGUGAGCUGAGACCAAAUAACAGUCAAGAAGGGGUGGGAAUGGGAAGGGAAGGGCAUUCUAGGUUUAGAGAACAGCAUGUUCAGUGGUGGAGCUGAAGUUGAGAGGGGAGAAUGGGAGUGCUAGGAGGCUGGAGGGGUGAGUGGUCUGAUCCCUCAGGCUGCAGCACUGGGAGCGAUCAGUCCUGGAGAAGAAAGGCCAACACAGUCAGAAUUGGGAGGGACUCUUAAGGGUGGUCCAAUCCAGUGGCUUUUAGUACCAUUCACCUUCCCCCAAGGGCCGAUUUUGGAAUUUUAUGGGAGUAUUUUCGUUACAGAGUUUGGUGGUGGUGGAUAGGAGCCAGGAGUGACACAGGUCCUGCAAUGCAAGGAAAGGUUCUGCCUAUUGAAAAAGUUUUCAGACUUUAAUGUCUUCCUGAACAUCAAAAACUUUAUAAAUUACCUGAACCUAGAACUUGUUUUUCAGAUAAACGCAAUGUACUUUUGCAGUUUUAACAUAUGCUGAUUCUCCAAGAAUAUAACUAUUGCAUGAUCAAGACAGGAUUGUACCGUAUUUCAUUUAAACUUUACCAAAAAGUGCUCUCAAUUUUGGAUCUCACCUUGUGAUUUUUUGAGACACCGGUGACUUAGCAUUGUGGCUGCGGCAAGCAGGCACAGCCUACGUAAGAAGGCAAAUGUGUGAUCGCUUCAUUAAGUCUCAUGCAGCAGCCAUUACCAAACAUUUACAUAUUGAAAUAUUUUUAAUUACAAGUUAUUUUCCUCUUAUUUCUCCUUUAUUACACUUGAGACAUAAUAGUUUUUUAAAUGUAGGUUGUAUAUAUUAUUUAUGACUAAUAUCUCUGAAUUUCAAGACAGGAGAAUAAAGCGGUCGCUAGGAAAUGUUUGUUAUAAAAGGGUGGCCUUGGGUCUGACAGCGUCUGUUUAGCGAUCCCGUACGGAGACUCCCAAAUCUGGCUGCACCGGCAGCUUUACUGAAAUACAGGUCCCUGGCGCUCUCCCGGGUUGAAUGCUGCGCGCGCGUCUGAUUCUCGCCUGCUUCAGCCGACCUAGAGGAACAACUGCCACCGAUCUAGGAGAGGCACAAAGGGCGCGAAGCUCCCGGGCACUGGGGUUUUGGCCGCAGGGGGCGGGGCCAGGGCACCACCGAGAGGGAGAGAAGCCGCUUCUAGAAAGGCUCGGCCAGGGCCUCGUGACGCACUUCCGGUCGCGCCGCGGGGCAGGUUGCUGCGGAGGGUCGUGAAUCGGACCAGUGGGAGAGCAGAAAAGGCAGAGCCCCUCCCAUCCACCUGAGAGGAAAAGAAGCCCGGCUUUGUCUUCUGCAGCGGUGUCAGUUCCAAAAGUUGGCUAAACUUAUCCAGAUGGGUUCCCUUGUCAAGCUCAUCCAGUUACAGCUGCAUCUGCAAAAUACUGUGGUACAUCUUAACAACAGCUCCAGCCCUUCUCUGAGAGAGAGACCAGGUGAUGGCAGCCAUGCUCUUGACAGCCUGGCCCCAGAAGUCGGUGACCUUCGAGGACGUGGCCGUGUACUUCACCCCGACGGAAUGGGAUGGCCUGUCCCCUGCACAGAGGGCCCUGUACAGGGAUGUGAUGCUGGAGAAUUAUGGGAAUGUGGCCUCACUGGGAUUUCCACUUCUCAAACCUGCUGUGAUCUCACAACUGGAGGAAAGAAGUGAGCUGGAGGGCCCAUCUCCACUGGCUGCUGGAACAGGCACAGGCCCCCCAGACCUCCGGACUGUAGAUAUUGAUAUCCAGACUGAGAAUAAUACGACAAAGGAAACAUAUGAGGAAAAAUACAAUUCAUCAUUUGUACUUCAUGGUGACUUUUCCCAGGAAACAGACUUUUCAGAAGCCUGUGUUCUAGAAAAAGAACAGUGGGAAGUCCACUCAGUAGGAAGUAUGAAGAAAGAAAACAGUGUCAUUGAUGGAACAGUGAAAGACAACACAAGCACCAUAGAGGAGUGUUUCUUCAGUCAGAGUCCAGAUUGGAAUCAGUAUCAUACCAUCAUCUCCACUGGAGAGCAGCCUCCUGAGUAUACAGGAUUGAAGAAAGCCUUGAGCUUUGACACAAAACUUAUUCAUCAUGAAAUAAGUAAUUCCAGGGAAAGACCUGAAUGUGAAGAAUUAAUGGAAACGUUUAGGUAUAAUACUCAACUUAAUCAACAUCAAGAUAGCUACCAUGGGGAGAAGCCCUAUCAGUGUAAGGAAUGUGGUAAAGCCUUUAGUGUUAAUGCAAAAUUAAUCUGGCAUCAAAGACUUCAUAGUGGAGAGAAACCCUUCAAAUGUGUGGAGUGUGGGAAAAGCUUCAGCUACAGUUCCCAUUACAUCACACAUCAGACAAUACACAGUGGGGAAAAACCCUAUCAGUGUAAGGUGUGUGGGAAAGCUUUCAGUGUUAAUGGGAGUCUAAGCAGGCAUCAAAAAAUCCAUACAGGAGAGAAGCCCUAUCAGUGCAAGGAGUGUGGAAAUGGCUUCAGCUGCAGUUCUGCAUAUAUCACACAUCAGAGAGUUCACACUGGGGAGAAACCUUAUGAGUGUAAUGACUGUGGGAAAGCUUUCAAUGUUAAUGCAAAAUUAAUUCAACACCAGAGGAUUCACACUGGAGAGAAACCUUAUGAAUGUAAUGAUUGUGGGAAAGGCUUCAGGUGCAGCUCCCAGCUCAGGCAGCAUCAGAGCAUCCACACUGGAGAGAAGCCUUAUCAAUGUAAUGAGUGUGGGAAAGCCUUCAGUAGUAAUACAAAACUCAUUCAGCAUCAGAGAAUCCAUACCGGAGAGAAACCUUACGCAUGUAGUGAAUGUGGAAAAGCCUUUAGUGUCAAAGGGAAGUUAAUCCAACACCAGAGAAUCCACACGGGUGAGAAGCCCUAUGUGUGUAAUGAAUGUGGGAAAGCCUUCAGAUGUAACUCCCAGCUUCGGCAGCAUCUGAGAAUCCAUACUGGGGAGAAGCCCUAUGAGUGUAAUGAGUGUGGAAAGGCCUUCAAUGUCAAUGCAAAACUAAUGCAGCAUCGGAGGAUUCACACUGGGGAGAAACCCUUUGAAUGUAAUGAGUGUGCAAAAUGCUUUACUUCUAAAAGAAACCUACUCGAUCAUCACCGAAUCCAUACUGGAGAAAAGCCUUAUCAAUGUAAGGAAUGUGGGAAAGCCUUCAGUAUCAAUGCCAAACUAACUAGGCAUCAGCGAAUACACACCGGGGAGAAACCUUUCAAAUGUAUGGAAUGUGAGAAAGCAUUUGGCUGUAGUUCUGACUAUAUUGUACAUCAGAGAAUUCAUACAGGAGAGAAACCCUUUCAGUGUAAGGAGUGUGGAAAAGCCUUCCAUGUUAAUGCCCACUUAAUUCGGCAUCAGAGAAGCCACACUGGGGAUAAACCUUUCAGGUGUGGGGAGUGUGGCAAAGGCUUCAGCUAUAGUUCUGACUGUAUUAUACAUCAGACUGUCCAUACGUGGAAGAAACCAUAUGUGUGUAAUGUGUGCGGGAAAGCCUUCAGAUUUAGCUUCCAACUCAGUCAGCAUCAGAGUGUCCAUAGUGAAGGAAAAUCCUGAGAAGGAUGUAGAAAGCUCAAGGUUAAUGCUGAACAAAAUCAGAUUCACCCUGAUGGAAAACUCAGAAAAAUGAAUAUGGCAGAGUCUUCACAUGGGAACAAAUGAUUUUCAUUUUAUUCAAUUUUAAAUCAGGAAUGAUGACCAAUUAAAAAGUAACAUUCAAAAAUGAAGUUUGACGUCAACAGCCAAUUUGAAAAUAUAAUGAAAGAAAAUAUCCCAUUCCCAACACCAUUAAGAAAAGUAGAUUUUCUAGGAAUAAACUUAAUUAUUAUGCAGGAUCUAGAAAAAUACGUGGGGAGGAAGAGGAAACUCGUUCUUGGGUAGGAAAACAACUAAAGAUAUUCACUCUAUCUAAAUUAAUUUAUUUCCCUUCCAUUUUUGGCAACAAGCAUGCAUCAUUUUUGUAGAGAAGAAAGACAAUAAAGAUUUCCUUUAAAAGUAAAA